AUGGCGGAGCUCGGUGCCGUGGCUCGGUGGCGCGGCCUCCCGUCGAGCUCCAGCGGUGGCAGGACUUGGUGGCACGAUCCGGCGAGGACGAGCCUGGAUCUAGCAAGCGGGUGCGGCGGCGAGGAUCCGCUGCUGCGACGAGAGCUGCUGGAGGUGGGGAGCGGCCUUGAUGGCUUGGACUCCGCCGCUGGCGCCGUGUUCCCCGUGGACACCAAUGAGGCCGUGUCGGUGUGGGUGGAGAAGGAGAUGGACCACCAACCUCAAGAGGGCUAUGCGGAGAGGCUAGAGCGAGAGGCGGAUUGGAGUCCUCUUGGAGGAGAGACGCCAUGGAUUGGAUUUGCAAGGGUAAUUAAUAUAGAGGUGAAUCGGUUUGAUGCACUUCUUGAGUACGGCAGGGAAAUGCAAGAACCAAUUGUUAAAAUUUCUAAUGGACCACCACUCAGUUUUUACCUUGCUGUGAAUUACCUGGAUAGAUUCCUCUCCUUGUAUGAGCUCCCACACGAUAACCCUUGGAUGCAACAGUUGUUGUCAGUUGCUUGCCUAUCUCUUGCUGCCAAGAUGGAGGAGACUGUGGUCCCUCUUCCUGUGGACCUUCAGGUCUGCGAUGUGAAAUUUGAGUUUGAAGGAAAGACUAUUGGGAGGAUGGAGGGUCUUGUGAUGAAAACCCUGAAAUGGAGAAUGCAGGCUGUGACCCCGUUCACUUUCAUCAUCUACUUCCUGGACAAGUUCAGUGAUGGGAAGCCACCGAGUUUUGCACUAGCCUCACGGUGCGCCGAGAUCAUAAUUGGCACACUCAAAGGCUCUACAUUCUUGUCAUUCAGACCAUCUGAGAUUGCUGCGGCCUCGGCCCUAGCAGCGGUUUCUGAGAAUCAGAUUGCUGGCUUUGCGAGUGUUCUUUCAGCAUCUGAAGUCCCUGUAAAUAAGGAGAUGAUUGCUAGAUGCUAUGAGCUGUUGCAAGAGCAGACGCUGGUGAAGAAGAGAAGGCACAUCAAUGGAAGCCCUUCAGUGCCAGAAAGCCCGAUUGGUGUGCUGGAUGCAACAUGCUUCAGCUUUAGGAGUGAAGAUGCAACACCGUCACAAUCAAACAACAUCAGUAGUAGUAACAAUCUAAUUCUUUGCAUUGUUGUUUAG